AUGGCCAAGCUCAACGCCCUCCCCAAAGGCUCUGUGGUUCUCGUGACCGGCGCCAAUGGCUACAUUGGCUCUCAUGUCGCAAAUAGCCUCCUCGAGCAGGGCAUCCGUGUCCGCGGCACAGUCCGCUCGGCCAAGCCAUGGCUGGACGAGUUCUUCCAGAGCAAGUUUGGAAAGGAAAACUACGAGUCCAUCAUCUUGUCCAACUUUGAGGAUGAGGCAGCGCUCUCCAAGGCUUUUGACGGAGUCUCCGGCGUCGCGCACGUGGCUUCCGAUGUGAGCUUCACAAAGGAUCCAAACGCCGUCAUCCCCUGGGUCAUCAAGGCGACGGAGACAGUACUGGCUACCGCGGCCAAGUUCCCGGCCAUCAAGCGCGUGGUCCUGACAUCGUCAUCUUCUGCGGUUUUGAUCCCCGAGACCAACAAGACUGGCGUUCGCGUUGACGAAAACACGUGGAACGACUUUGCCGUGAAGUCGGCUUGGGACCCCGACUUGUCGGAGGAAAAGAAGCCAUACUACAUCUACGCAGCAUCCAAGACCGAAGGGGAGCGUGCUGCGUGGAAAUGGGUUGAAGAGAACAAGCCGGGCUUCGUCUUUAGCGCCGUCGCACCCAACUGCAACUGGGGAGAGAUCCUGCAUCCCGAAAUCUACGGCUCGACCAUGGGCUGGGUUCGCGACCUGCUCAAGGGCAACCCGGCACCGUUCAACUAUUACAUCCCGCAGUACUUCGUCGAUGUCGUGGACGUAGCACGUCUCCACGCCAUCGCUUUGCUGGGAGACGGCGUCGGGUCAGAGAGGCUUUUCGGGUUUGCCGAGCAGGUGAACAGAUCCGAUGUGUUCAAAACUCUGCGCGCACUCAGACCAGACAACAAGAAUAUUCCCGAGCCCGAUGAGAACGAAGGACGGGAUUUGACUGAAGUUCUGCCGGCGAAGAAGGCAGAGCAGCUUUUGAAAGAUUACUACGGCCAAAAGGGUUGGGUUGGAUAUAAGGAGAGCUUGGAAGCUGGCAUUCGGGGCUUGUAG